AAUCAUGUUGUUCUUCUCCAGUUUCAGUUGCUGUUUCCCUCUGUUAUGGUGGUGGUGGAGACAAUAAAGUCCCAGAAGAUCCACGGCUGUCAGAUCCUGGAGACGGUGUACAAGCACAGCUGUGGAGGUCUGCCCCCUGUUCGCAUGGCCCUGGAGAAGAUCCUGGCGGUGUGCCACGGGGUGAUGUACAAGCAGCUGGCGGCGUGGAUGCUGCACGGUUUGCUGCUGGACCAGAGUGAGGAGUUCUAUGUGAAGCAGGGGCCCAGCGCUGGAGGGGCCGCCGCCAACCAGGAGGAGGACGAGGAGGACCUGGGGAUUGGAGGCCUCAGCGGUAAACAGCUGAAAGAACUACAGGACCUGGUGAGAGCCCUUAUGCUAAGAUUCAGGAUCAGCUUAUAUCUUCCUCAAAUCUUAACUGGCUGAUCUAAGGUAAGAGGAAAAACUGAUUCUAGAUCAGCAUCUAUUGUC